UCUCAACGACAGCUCAACUCAUGCCUUAUGCCUCCUGCCUCCCUUUUCAUCUCUUACGCCCGUAGCCUUCUGGAUGGCAUUUCUAUCUCCAACAGCAUAAAGCACACACAACACACACCAUGAAAUAUCUGACUGCGGUGUGCCGAAAUUGUCCAGCGAGCGCGCGACGGCCAGCCACUUUCUUGCCCAACAUGACUGAACGAGUCCCUGCAUAUCUCUCCCUCGGUGACCCAUGCGGAGAAUAUGGAUGAUACCUGCCCAGACCGUGCUUGACGCCGCCCACCUUCUCUCAACCGCCCGGUCUACCCUCGAUCCCCCCGAUCGCCUUCCAAGGUUCCCAGCCGCCGGUGACACACGCUCUCUGCCAACAUUUCCAUGGCUGGCGGCCCCUCCCCCCAAACUGGGGCCUGGAAUGGCCCUGUCAACCGGCCUUCUCGAAGAAUCGCAGAGGACCUUCUCCAGUUUGGCAAAUCUAACCGAGAAAGCGGAAUCCCGGUCGACCGGCCUUUGCCAGUCCGAUUUUCUCUCGUUCUCUGAUCGGAAAGGGCGAUCUAAGGGAAGAGGAUGUUUCCUUCCAUCGAAAGUCAAUGAUCCGGCCUUCGAGAAUCGUCACUGCCCUGAUACGGGUUCGUGUCCACACCCGAAACUGGGACGGGGGAAACAAAAAGCAGCGGGUGCGCCUGCCCAUUCUCGACCGCGGGCAUCAUUCGGAGCUUUCGUCGUGAGGCUUAUUCGGAAGACGUAGACUCGGACCCGACCUGUCCAGCGGGCUAAUCACGGCGGUUUUUGCACCAGAACUGGUCGCAGCAGCGUGAUGCACAGCGUGUUGAUUGGGCUAGUUCAUGCGUGCUCGACAGGAGCGUCAGCCUUGUGGUGAUGCCAACACAGCGAGUCCCAGGCUCUCUCUUUUCCCCUUCUUGUCGCGAUCCAGUCGUACAGCAUGGCGCGACUGCAGUGGUUGCAACGAAAAUGGACACGCUUGACGCUCAAAGGCCGACCGACAGCAGCAUGCGCCCAGGAUGUCGCCGAUCGUGGGGAACAGCCAUCUCGCAGCCCGAACUAAGCUGCCGUUGGAGGAUGAAAAUAGGAAGCAGGAAGACGCUCAGCUAUUCAGGGCCUCGACCACGGUUUUCGAAGACGAUCGUCUGAAUUAGCUUCUCCGCGCAGCACAAGCACAAGCCGUUGUGGACAGGAGACGUACGACGGCUGGACCACCUUCUCCGAUGUCCCUCGCCAUUACAUCCAUCUUCCCCACGAGCCAACCCAAUCGCACCAACACCAGUACACGACACAGACCACGGAGACCACCCAGCGUAUCAAGCACACCACACCAACCACCCGGGCACCGCACGCUCCCCUCUACUUUUACGAUGCGCAUGCGUUGUACCUGCUGUGCUCUCAGUGAAAACAUCGCUGAUUAUCACGCUUGGGCCAGAGGACGGCUCGAGCCGCAGGAAACCGUUGUUUCGGGGCGGAAAGGUGCAGAUUUACCGCCACAUCCCCGAGCUCAUACUACUUCAUGACUGGACUGCUCUUGAUGCUUUCGUUUGAGGCCCGAAAAAAGAUACGACGUCUUGGCUUCUCGGUUUGUCAUGGUGUCCCGAUUGGGCUUCAGUGGACGCUUGUUGACAGCCCCCUGGUUCGCACCCUCUACGCCGCAGCCACCACGGAAGCAUCCGGACGCUGGCGCUUGUCAGAUCUGACAUGCUCCUGUCUCUAGCCUAACGCAGCCCUGAGGAUGAUAGCUUGAUUGCUUGCUGUCGUUUGGAUGACUGGCAGCCACACCGGCAUCUUGUUUGCGGGGCGUUGCAGUGGCUUGAUAUCCAUGUAUCGGGUAGCCUAUGCGGCUUCGGCCCCCUUCCCGGGCUCUGUGAGAGGGGCCUCCUGUCCGUCAUUUUCAUGACAUGACAGUCAAGACAAGACCCCUCGCUUGGAUGCGUGUUUGGGCGGUACGUGGCUGCGAGCAGGGGUGCGUGGGUUGCUGGACUGAGCCUCGGGUGUGUGUGUGUGUGUGUGCCUGCGUGUGAGAGAGUAACAGUUCUGUAGGCACUUACUCGUUAUGUGCCUGCUCCCAGUUCAGUUAUGCCAGGGUCCUUACGCACCCCGGCCGUGUAAAACGAGAACGUCACCCCUCGAGCCAACCGUUCGGUGCUGGGAUGGCGAUAUUGCAAUAGGGCCUGGUUCCCGGCGGCACAGAACUCCUGCCGUUCCGGUUGCUUGGAGACUCAAAGCACAAACACUCGAUCUCCCAAGAUGUUCCCGGCUUCCCAGAUACCCUUUGUGUGCCGCUUCUGUUUGAUGACCCAAGCAUGCAGGUCAUCGCGGGCCGUACAGGUAGAGGGAAGAAAGGGACUCCAGGAGAUGGGUAGCCUACACCGACAAGUUGACGUGUCGUCCUAUUACAUCACCUACCACCAACCGCCAUGCUGUGAAGCCCAGCUGGCAAACACACCACGGCACCACCACGGCCACCACGGCCUGGGCGUCGUGUCUAUUUUCUCGAUCUCUGGGUUAGAUGUGGAUGGACUGGGGAGAAAGUUCCGGUGGCACUGGGCCACAAGCCUGCUCGAGUAUCGAAUCACAGUCGAAGCAUACCGAAAUACUCCUGAUCAGCAAGAGCACAGCGUUUGGUUGCGGGGCAGCACCCUCCCCCUCUCUUUUUGUCUCCUUUUUGUGCCCAGUCCUCGGUGGCUCUCGGGUGCGGGCGGAAGCAAGGAAAGGGUGACCUUCACCUCCGGCCGAGCGAAACCUUGGGAGUAGACUUUUGCUUCCCAACCGACCCCUUGACCGCUUCGCUUCCCACAGCGCCAGACUAGGCACAAGGAACAAGGUCAAACUCCACUCCAUGCCAUGACUGAUACUGAUUCGCAUUUCCACAUGGGCGCCGGGGAAUACAAACGCGAGGCCGGCUGCAGUGUGUGUCCCAGACACCACGAGGUUCUGACAAAAAGCAGACUUGCCAAUGCAGUCCCCUUAAGUGCGACUAUCGCCAUCCUCUUUUCUCGUCUGCUGCUCCCGUCUUUACCGUCUUCUCGGAUAUCCUUCACGGCCAGUCUUGUCUCACUGCUUUGGCAUAUGUACGGCUUUGUGUGAGAAGCAAACACUACUGUCACUACUGUUGUCCUAUCCUCUGAUCCCGAAGAAAGUCGUUUCGGCCUUCUCUUGGUUUCUUCUUGAUACUACACUAGUCCUCUCGGAUCCGAGCACCGCUACCGUGGUGCUGGGUCUCGCUACAUACUGCAAUGGCUUCACAAGCAACCGUUCCAACGCCUCUCGCAUCUACUUCCACAGUCAUGAACACCGACUCAGGCCGGUUACUUGUAUCGCCACCCCAGAACUCUGAAACAGCACCCCCACGGCGGUAUCAGGAGCUAUUAUCCCGAGUUUUGGAUGGUGGGAUUGCUGUUGGGAUUGCGGUGGUGGCUCAGUUGUUGAUGGCUGGAAUCCAGGGGGUGUUGAACGUCAACAGCAACAAGGUCGAAUUUCCUCCAUCAGUUGUAGCAAUGGCGGCUAUCUUUGGGCUGUUUUGUGCGUGCGGGUGUAUCUUCCCAGGUGCAGAGGACUUUUACCGGAACCACCUCAAGAGACCGGCCGACCUUCUCAACCGGCACAUGUCUAUUGGUUUCACGAUUCCAUUUCUUAUGAUCUGCAAGGGCUCGCUCACAGAUGUCUGGGUUAUUGGGCCGAUUAUUGGUUGCUUUGUCCUCACCGGCCUUUUCAACACAGUUUUGUCCUAUGUGCUAGCUCUUCCCCUUCAAUGCCUCAUGGUGCGGUGGGACUCUGGCAGCUGGUCUUCGUCAGACAUCGAAAAGGGGUCACCAACAACUGAAAAAGAGAGACAGAACCCGAAACUUCGUUCACCAGUCAAAUCAGUAUGCGAUUCCAUGGACACAGAGGACUUUUCUUUGGGUGUCACCCCGCCUCAAUCGAUGACCCCUGAUUCCAAGGCCUCGCCAACUCACCCUGUAUCGUUUUCAACAUCAGCUAAACUCUGGUGUCUUGCAAACCCAAUGCUCCUUCUCAUGUGGACCUUAACUCUCACCAUUGGCCUACCUCUCCGCGUCUGCCUUGCUCUCGAUACACCACUAUCCACCUUACUGCUAUUCGCCCUUUGGCUUUCAACUUUAGCCAUUCAAUCAUCGCUCAAAACCUCCCCUUACCUCCGCCCAUUCGCCCGCACACUCCUCUCAGGCCUCUUCAACGCCGUCCUCUGGACCUCCCUCACAAUGGCAGCCUACCUCCUCCUCGACGGCCACCUCUCCUCCCGCCCCCUCCAAGCCAUGCUCACAACCCUCGAAAGCCACAACCCUUUCUCCAGCGCGCUCCUCAACAGCUUUUCCGUCCCCCUCACAGCAGGGGACGUCGCCCUCUCCAUCCUCAACGCCGGCCUCGUAUCCUGGGGCCUCAAACUCUACGAAUACCGCCUCCAGCUCUUGUCUCGCGCAGGACUAACAGUCUUCACCGUCUCGUCCCUCAUCGCCCUAGGUAACGUCUCCUGCGGCCCCCUCCUCGCCCACACAAUGGGCGUCGCCCCCCAAGGCCGCGCCCUCGCCUUCGCCGCACGGAGCGUGACCCUCGCGCUAGGCAACCCCGUGCUGGACACCCUAUCAGCAGACAAGUCCCUCAACGCAGCAAUGGUGGUCAUAAGCGGGAUCGUCUAUCAAAUGUCGCUCGGGCUUGGUGUCGGCCGGUUUUUGGAAAAGCAUCUUGUCAACAUUGGGGGCCGCGAUGAUCACACCAACGAUACCACCACCGCCACCACCAAAGGGGAAAACGACCCCCGAACCGUCGCGGCAGGCGUAGCAGUGGGCAUAAACGCUGCAGCAAUGGGGACUGCCUAUCUCUACGAGACGAAAAGCGAGGCGGCGCCGUAUUCGGCCCUGUCGAUGAUGGCGCUGGGGAUCAUGACGGUGGUAUUUUCGACGAUUGGGCCGCUGGUGUCGUGGGUGUUGGGGAGUGUGGGUGCCUAGAUUGGACAACACACAAACUUCUUUUUUGAGGGUCAACAAACAAGUUUGGACAUCAUUUUGGGCACUCGGGACCUUUUGGAGAGAUGAAAAUUAUGGGAGGGAAUAAUACUACUACAACACCAAAACAACUGAAAACAAAGUGGGCUAAAGUUGCUUCAAGGCUCCUGGAGAGCAACCAACAACUUACGAGACCAAAGAAGGAUGUACGAAACAUGUCAUGAAGUGGACGUUUCAUUUUUUCUAGGGGAAUUCUGCGGGGCGGCGUUGGCUAUAUUAUACCCAUUGUGCAGUUUCUAGAUUGGAACGGUUUCAGAGCCCCGACUCCCGUUUUGAGGUCUUUUGCUUUUUUUUUCUUUUUUUCUGUCUUUUUGAUGACAGCAUUGGCGACGGAGUUUAUCAUCAUGAUGAAUUGUUUAUGUAUUUGGUAAUCGGGAAGUGAUAGCAAUCAAGUAAGCCAGAAAAGGAGGUUAUUGUACCUGCUUCUGGUUAUUGGAUGAUGA